AUGGAGAUGACCGAGGAGGCCAUAGAGCCUGCUGAGGCAGACAUUAUAAGGCUGUGCCAGGACAUGUUCUACAAAACAUCCACAUACCUGGCAGGUGAGCUGACAGGCACCAGUGAAGACUAUAAAUUUCUGAAAAAUAUGGACAAACUGACUAACUUGAAGUAUCUAGAAAUGAAAGAUAUUGCAGUAAACAUAAGCAGAAACCUAAAGGGCUUAAACCAGAAAUCUGCAGCAUUUCAGCCUUAUCUGGAUCAGAUCACUUUAAUUGGGGAGCAAGUGGCAACUCUUGGGCAGGCAGCUUACAAGGUGGAUGCAUAUUCAAAGAAACUAGAAGCAAAGUACAAGAAAUUAGCGAAGCCAUGA